UAGUUGGCCGAUUAAGUAUUUAAACUCACUAUUGUAACCUCUUCGAUAUCAGUCUCUUGUUUACAUCACAACAAGCAACUAUCAACAAAAUGUACAAACUGGUGAUCUUCGCUGGUCUGCUCGCGGUAGUGGCCGCUAAGCCAGGCAUCCACUCUGUUGCGUACCCUGCGGUCGCAGCUCCCGUGGUCGCCGCCGCGUACACCGCACCGGUUGCUGCUGCGUACGCAGCGCCGAUCGCCGCCGCGUACACCGCCCCCGUCGCUGCUGCGUACACCGCCCCCGUCGCCGCCGCGUAUGCCGCUCCCGUCGCCGCCGCUUACACUGCUCCUGUCGCUGCUGCGUAUGCAGCGCCCGUCGCCGCUCGUUUAGCCGCCGCCCCUGUUGUAGCAGCUGCAUACAAAGCUCCUGUUCUUCUUAAGUAAAAUUGAAAAGACUGAUCCACUAUGUUACGAAAUUUGAUUUUUACAAAGAAAUAAAAAAUAUUGCCAUUACAAAAAGUUAUUUAAUUAAUUCA